ACGAAAUAGUUUUGAUUGGAAAUGUAAAUUAUAUAAACAAUUAUAAAAACAUUAUUUCGGAGUUUGACUAACAAUUAGAUAAUCCAUUGAAACACACAAUGAGUUAUUUGACUAAAACAGUGGUGUAUGUGCUGUUAGUCGCACAAGCAUUGGCGAACGACUGGCCAAUCAUUGACGGGUAUCCCUGUCCUCAGGAGGACAUUGAUAAUACUGGUUGUCAGGGACCCAAAGACUGCUUAUACCGUAAUCCCGAGAAUUGCAGUCGUUUUAUACAAUGCACUGUCGAUGGACUGGCGUAUGACAUGCCCUGCGCUGAGGAAUACCUUCACUGGAAUGACGGCUUAAAAGUGUGCGAUUGGCCUGAAAACGCCGGCUGUACUACCGGUGCAUUCAGUGGUGGGUCAGACGAUUUGGUAACACCAGCCCCACAACCCUUCCAGUGCCCCCGAAAGGACAUUGUAAACACGCUAUGUUUGGGACCAAAAGACUGUCUCUAUACUAACCCGGCUGACUGCGGUACCUUCAUUCAGUGUACUGUCAAUCCCGGUAACCAAUCGGGAACUCCGAUUGUGAUGCCCUGUCCCGCGGGACUCAAGUGGAAUGAUAAGAAAAAGGAGUGCGAUUGGCCCGCAAACGCCACGUGCCGGCACAAGAAAUGA